AUUGGUCUGUCGAGUACAGUUGUUUUGAGUUAGAAUGCCAAAUGUUCUCCUCCUGUUCAAAUUUUACUUUGAAGUGUGCAUACAACAUAAUUGCCCACCGGCUAUCAUAGUUGCCGCAUAUUCAAAUACUAUUUUCUAGCAACAAAAAAAAUUCAAACCUGGGGAGAAUAAAUACAAAACAUGUUUAUAUGGGAUACUGUUAACAAGCAUGCAUGAAACCAUUUAGAAAAAUUUGGGCACAAAUGGGUUAACAUCUCUCGAAAACUCUGUUCAUUUCCACCCACUAAAGCUUUGAUGAACUGAAGUCAUUGACCUUACAGUCAAAGUUUCAGCAAUAAAGUUGAUCUACAACAUUGUUCAGAUCAGUUUUCCUAAUUAUAUGCAAUAUGUUUCAGAAUUUCUUUGGACUUUUUUUUCUUUCUGCACUUGCACAGCUUAUCAGUUUCUCAGGUACACUUGCUGAAUGUCCUCUUCCGAUCAGCCCACAGAGUGUUGUUGUGAAGUUCGGCGAUUCUGUUUCAGUAAACUGCAGCUCUUCUGUCACACAUAUGGGGAUGGGAUGGGAAUCCACUGUGGGAGGAGUGCACCUGUCCACUGCCAGUCUGAUUACAUGGAGAGUGUCAGAGCUGACAGACUGGGACAUAUAUACACCAUUCUGCUACAUAAACUAUGACAAACAACAGUGUGUAGUAGCUCUCCCAGUCACCGUUUACAAGACUCCAGACAGUGUUUCCAUCAGCACUGUGAAUCUAACAAUGAUAGAGGGAAACCUGUAUGAGCUCCUGUGUGACGUUCACAAUGUGGCUCCUGUUCAAAAACUCACUGUCAACUGGUACAAAGGAGAAACUCUGGUGGAUCAAACCAACUUCACUGACACCACCAAGAGUCCAGUCAAUAAAACAUCUAAACUCCUGAUCCGUCCAGACAGAGCUGAUGAUGGAGCUCAGUACAGGUGUGAAGCAGAGCUGAACUUGGGAGACGAAGGACCUCAACAUCCUCCUACAGUUACAUCAAAGUCUUUCAGCAUUAAAGUUCACUAUAAACCAAAACACUCCAGGUCCACAGAGAAGAUCAGUCAGAGUGAUGAUGUCUCUUUAAACUGUACAGUGAAGGCAAACCCGGCGGCUGUGUACACAUGGCACUCGAAGCAUCUGAUAGAGAAGAUCAGCUCCUCAGUGAUCCAGUCCUCCACACUCAGUCCAGGAAACUACACCUGCACCGCUGCAAACUAUCUGGGAGAAGACAGCAAAGUGUUCAUCGUAUGAUCUACAUGCUCUUGCCUUCUGGUGGUUCCAUCCACGUUUGUCUCGUAGGAGAGAAUAAGUCGCUGAAUUUAAUUUCAUUUUCUCCAGUCUUGGUGUCACCGACUCGGUCUCAGUCAUUCCCCGUGCAGGCCAGCAGAGGUCAUCAUCAUCGGACUUUUGACAUUAC